AUGAAACAGCCUGGAGCUGACAAUAUCACCAAAUUGCAAACUGGAACUAGCAGCACUGCUAAGGUGAGGAGCGCGGAGGGGGAGGCCGUGGACGGGGAGGACCCCAGCCUGCAGCCGUCCGCGGCCAAGAAGGUGAAGCUGGAGCUGAAGGAGAGGAAGGAGAAGAAGCACAAAGUGGACGAGGAUGAGAUUCAGAAGAUGCAAAUACUGGUCUCUUCCUUUUCUGAAGAACAGUUGAACCGUUACGAGAUGUAUCGCCGAUCUGCUUUCCCCAAAGCUGCUAUUAAACGGCUGAUCCAGUCCAUCACCGGCACCUCUGUCUCUCAGAAUGUGGUUAUUGCCAUGUCUGGCAUUUCCAAGGUCUUCGUUGGGGAGGUGGUAGAGGAAGCACUGGAUGUGUGUGAGAAAUGGGGGGAGCUGCCGCCCCUGCAGCCCAAACACAUGCGAGAGGCCGUCAGAAGGCUCAAGUCACGAGGACAGAUCCCCAAUUCCAAGUAUAAAAAGAUCAUCUUCCACUGAAGUGUCCUGAGAACAGCAAGAGAAGACAGAAGUUGAGGUUCCUGGUGUGACCCUCACAAGCUACAUGCCUCCAGGUCCUUCAGGAGCAGUGAACAGACUGAACGUCUGCAGGGUCCCUGCACGGGGCUGCUCCUCUGAGCACGACACAGUAGCCACGUCCCUGCCCUGGAGCCUGGGGCUCCUCCAUUUCAACCCAGCUGGGACAGGAAUGUUCCUGGUGUUCCGUGGAUUCACCCACCAGGGUCGUGCUUUCUGCUGGCACAGAGAGAGGGGUGUCUGUGUGCAGCACCGUGUCUCCUUCUUCAUUAAACUUGUUAUUGUGGUCUUAGUCUCGCUGGGAAAUACUAAUUGUGUAAUGGUGUUGGUGUGAUUCCAAGUAGGGAGAGAGCAAGGGGAUGAUCUGUCUCAACCAAGCCCGACAUGCUGGGGAGGCUUCGCCUUGCCUGGGGCAGGUAUUGCUCCAUUAGCAUAAGGAAGGGAGCAGGCUGAAAGCUGAUGCUUCUGAAGUCAUCACCCGGCUGUUCUUCCCAAAGCCCAUUUUAUGGAGCUGUCUAGAAAACAGUAGUUAGGAACGGGGGAGGGGGAAGAAAAAUAUCCCAAAAACCAAAACCCAGGAGCCUGUAAGGAGGUUAACAAGUUUAAUUUCUCUUCAUGGUUCAUAGAACCAAUAAAUGCAUGAGUGGAAAUAUACUGCAACAAAGUUCCAAUACUGCCUAAAACUCAAAUUCAAGUUCAGACUUGCACAUUACCCACCUGUACAUACAGUAGUCCCUAAUUUCUCCUACUUGUAAAAGAUGCUGAGGCCAUGUGCUUAUCCUAGGGUAACUGUGUUGCAGUUACACAAAGGAUUAAGCUGCCUCUCAUCCUAACAUAGAAAGAGUCCUUAAAUGGAAGCCUCUACAAAGUAAACUUUGCUCAUCAGCUGUGGAGAUAGAGGAGUUUUAGUCCUCACACACAUACGCCUUGUAGAAAGGAUGUGGAUUUUGUUUUACAGUACUUUUUACUGGUACUUAAAAAAAAACCCAAAACAAUGGAAGUGCUUAAACAAAACCAACUGACUUAAGUUGCUGGAGCAAGAAAUUUGCUGUAAACAACCUGGCCCCAGCUCUGUUCAGUCUGCACACGUGGGAGGGAGCAGUAAGGGGUUGUGACACAGCAAGUAGGCACCACCUCUGAGAAAAGCCUUUGCACCCUACUCAUUUCCCAAGGUAGCUGGAGAUGAAGCUGGACACCUACUCAAUCAAAAUGUCAUGGAAGUCAGAAAGAGAAGAAAGGAAACCUCCCAUUUUCAAGCAAUUAGUGAAUAAAAAGUAAUACCGUCGCAUUCCACCUAAGGCAAGCAUUCUUAUAUUUCUUGCUUCAUACAGGAAGAGGGAGCAAGCACAGAAGCACGGAGGUUUGAUUAAAACUUCAGCUUUUGCUCGUGUGGGCUUUGUGCGGGUCAUAAUGGUACUUACAGUGAGCUGUUUGCAGAGAGGUUUGUUUCAGAGCAAGUCUAGAGACAGAGAUGCUUUGUUACCUCCUUCCUUGCUGUGAGCAGCUCUCACAGCAAGUCUUAAUUUCUACAGAAGAUAACUUGCAUUUCAAAACACCUGCUUUUAUUUCUGAAUUCUUCUAUGCACGAGGCAGUAUUGGUGAAGGAAAUGCCC